UUAAUGACAAUUUCACUGAAAUUUCAUUAAAAUGUUUUAAUGACAAUUUCACUGACAUUGUCGUCCCGUAAUUUUACAUUGGAAAAGAUGAAAUUACGGUAAUAUUCUGGUAAUUUCACCGGUGUUUAUCGGCAAGUUUACAUUUCCGUCACACUCCAUAUAUAAGUCACCGGGCAACCAGUGCAAAUGCCACAAACACCAAACGCCCAGCACCCACGGUAAAUUGUACACACCCAGCUGCGUACGUACACACUGCAAAAGUCGAUGUUCAAUUUGCCAAAGUCACGAUUGUUUUUUCAAAUAACACCAACCCUACAUCUGGAUCGCUCAUUUGCUUUGGCACACGUCACGAAGAAAACACUUAACCGAUUGUUGAGUACAAAGGAAUUACCGUCAAAAGUCACGAGGAACGUCGACUCUCGCUCACCUGUAUUGAUAAAUUCAUCUCUGUGUCAAAAACUGCAUACAAUGAGUGACGAUAUAUCAUUAUACACACUGCCAAAUGAUCAACCUGUCGUUGUUCUGGACUGUACAACCGCCUUUAACGCACUGUCGCUUAAAGAAAAACUCUAUGCCCAUUACUUGAGUCGAGCUUCUUGGUAUGGCGGCCUCAUUGUAUUGGUUCAAACAUCACCGGAAUCGCCACUGAUAUUUACUCUAUUCCACAAGAUUUUCUCAGAGGAGUCUAUACAGGAGCUCAAAAAAUCAGCAAUUGCUGCUGGCGUCAGCGAAGAUGAAUAUACUGCCUUCCUGGUAUAUGUGUGCGGUGUUCUUUCCAAUGCUGGUAAUUACAAGAGUUUCGGGGAUAGUAAGAUCAUUCCAAACUUGCCAACGGAAAAAUUUGAGACGAUAAUAAAAUCGUCAAAAGCUCACAAGGAAAAAUCGCAAGAGAUAGGAAGUAUUUGGAACAAGAUCGAAAAAGAAGUUUAUUCACUAGAGGAGAGAGUGAAAUCUUUAGGAUUGGGAGAAAAGGGUAUAACAACGUAUUUCUCGAGAAAUUGUGACACGAAAGAUUCUGAAUUGGUGAACGAAUUCAUGCAGAGUAAAGGUUUGGAAUGUUACAACACGAGAUGUUUCAAGACAACGGAAACGUACGAAGAGGCGGGUGUGCAAAAAGUAAGAAAUUUAUACGAUAUAAAGUUGGCUUCUUUGGAGAUGAGCGAGGAUCCAAAAAUAACACUGCCUACGGAAAUUUUCAAAGAGGCUGCGUUCAAAGUGAGCCGUGGUGAUUACAGCAAUCUGCUCGGACCAGUCAUCGAAAAUCUUGAGAAUGCGAAGACGUACGCGGCAGAUGAUAACCAGAAGAACAUGUUGGAUAAAUAUAUAAGUCACUUUAAAACCGGAUCUUUGAAUGAUCACAAAGAUGGAUCGAGAUUUUGGAUCAAAGACAAGGGACCAGUUGUUGAGGUUUACAUUGGCUUCAUCGAAACUUAUCGUGAUCCAGCUGGUCAAAGAGGGGAAUUCGAAGGUUUCGUUGCAAUGGUUAACAAAGAAAUGUCACGAAAAUUUUCGACUCUCGUCAGCCGUGCUGAACAAUUGUUACCGACAUUGCCGUGGGGAGCAGAUUUCGAAAAAGAUCAAUUCCUCAGACCAGACUUCACGUCGCUCGACGUUCUCACUUACGCUGGUUCAGGAAUCCCAUCUGGAAUAAAUAUACCGAAUUACGACGAAAUACGACAGAACGAGGGCUUCAAGAACGUAAGUCUGGGUAACGUUAUUCCUGCGAAUAUGAAACAAGACGUUAUACCAUUUUUGUCGGACGAUGAUCAGGCGCUCAUGAACAAAUUCCGCAUCGCAAGUUUCGAUGUCCAAGUUGGACUUCACGAAUUGCUCGGACAUGGCAGCGGGAAACUGUUCAGAAAACUCGCCAAUGGUGAAUACAAUUUCGAUAAAGAAAAAGUAAUAAAUCCGUUGACGAAUCAGCCGAUCGACAAAUGGUUCUUAGACGGUGAAACGUACGAUUCCAAAUUCGGUGUGAUUUCAUCGUCUUACGAAGAAUGUCGUGCUGAGGCUGUUGGCUUGUAUUUGAGCAUCGACAAAGAAGUCAUUAAAAUAUUUGGCUACGAUGGACAAGACGCCGAUGACAUAAUUUACGUCAAUUGGCUGUCACUUUUGUGGAACGGUUGCGCCAAAGCACUCGAAAUGUAUCAACCAUCGACGAAAAAAUGGUUGCAAGCUCACUCGCAGGCGAGAUACGCUCUUCUUCAAGUCUGUCUCGAAGCAGGUGACGAUUUCGUUAAAGUUGAAGAAACUGAAGCAGGCAAAAAUUUGAGAAUGACACUUGAUCGUUCGAAAAUUCCUACCGUUGGUAAACGCGCGAUUGGUGAAUUUUUGAAGAAACUACAAGUUUACAAGAGUACAGGAGACGUCGAAGCGGCUAAAACCAUGUACGACAAAUAUACAGACGUGCCAGCUUCCGGCUCUCAUCCGUGGGAACAAUGGCGACAAAUCGUCCUUGCCCACAAACAACCGAGAAAAAUAUUCGUUCAAUCCAACACUUUCGUUACUGAUAACGAUCUGAGCAAAGUGACUCUGAAAAAUUACGAACCAACGUUUGAAGGACUUAUCCAAUCCUGGAUCGACAGAUUUCCAUCUCCACAAACAUCAGCCGAUCUUCUCGAACUUUGGGAAAAAGAUCAAAAAUAUUUUGCCUAAAAGUGAAACAUUGAAGUGAUUCGAAGCAUUUAAUUUUUUUUUCUACGUUAAUACAAAAACAUCGAUUUAUUUCUUUUUUCAUUUUUACGUGUGUUAAAGCAAUAUCCCAAAUCGAUGAGUUCUGCCUUGACUCGUCGGAUGUCGGGGUUCGCUUUUUGCAUCCUUCGAGAUACUGAUUUGAAAGAUUGAUAUUUCGUAUAAAACUUUUGUAACGAAAUAUAAAAAAUUCAUGAUAUUUUCCAUAA